AUGGUUGUAAUAAAUGGCUACACCUUCAAGACGCAGCAACUUCUUACACAGCAGCCCGAUCAUUCUCAGCUCGCCCAGUUCGCUCAGUCGCAGGGUCAGGGUCAGGGUCCGAAUUCGAACUCGAGUCCGGGUCACAAUCCAAGUGCUGGCCAGCAGCAGCAGCCUCCAGGUGGCUCCAUGACCAUGCCGGCUGCGUCGGCGGGCAAGGGGAAACGGGAGUGGGACAUCAACGAUGCCAUUGUGCCGCAUGUUCCGGAUCAGGAGUUCGACGAGUUCAACGAGUGGAGCGAUGGGCAUGUCCGACACAUCUACUCCCUGCACAACGAGGAGGCCAAGAAGCACAUUUCCGGCUGGGCCAUGCGCAACACGAACAACCACAACGUGAACAUCCUGAAGAAGAGCUGCCUGGGCGUCCUGGUCUGCUCGCAGCACUGCACCCUGCCCAAUGGAUCCAAGAUCAACCUGCGCCCGGCCAUUUGCGACAAGGCGCGGCGGAAGCAGGAGGGCAAGGCCUGUCCCAACAAAAGUUGUCGCGGUGGCAGGCUGGAAAUCAAGCCAUGCCGAGGUCACUGCGGCUAUCCAGUCACCCACUUUUGGCGCCACUCCGGCAACGCCAUCUUCUUCCAGGCCAAGGGAGUGCACGACCAUCUGCGUCCGGAUCCCAAGAACUCCAGCGUCUCCAAGAGGGCCUUUGGCCGGGUGCCGCUGGGAGGGAAGUCGGCCAAUGGAUCGGUGGCCAAGAAGUCGGUGAUUGCGGGCCUGGUGAAGCAGGUUAAGCAACAACACAGUCUCAUCAGCAAGGUCCUCAAGCGUCCUCCUGCCAGCAAUCCAUUGACUCACUCCGCUUUGGAUAUCUACCAGUACAAUGCCUGUGGCAAGUGCACCACCUACAGCCACUGCACCUGCAGCUACCUGGAGGACUCGACCACGGCGAGGAGCCACCAAUUGUCGCAGUCCUCGAAUUACGGCACCGGCACCAACUCCUGGCCCCUGAGUGGAUCGGAGUCGUCGGCGCCCUGCGAGACAGCAGCCAAUGUUUUCACGGUAAACCACCAGCACAUCACCUACAACUAUCCCAUCUACCACGCAACUCCGGCGGCGGCAACAGCGGCACCCAGCAAAUCACCCAGUUUGCCCUACACCUGCAGCAUUUCGGAACUGGCCGCCUAUGGGCAGCAAUCCUCCAGUGGAAACUCUUACUCUUACCCCCAUGGACACAGUCAGUGUCAGGCGCUGGGAUACGAGUCCAGUCCUCAGCUGGCCACUCCGGAACCGGAGUUCAUCAACUACUCGCAGAUCAAGCACUUGGCUGGCGGUGGUCAGGAGGAGAUCAUCAGCUGCAAGGGAGAACCGGGGGCGGGUCUGCCGCCCACUAUUAAGUACAAUGCCACGGUGGAAACUCAACCGUAUGUGGAGGACAACUACGACUACUACUACAGUCCCAAGGCGGAGUACGAGAUGCAGCAGCAGCACCACCACCACCAGCAACAAGCGACCCACCAGCAGUUCGGAGGAAACCAGGCGACGGGGCACCAUUACUACGAGAGCGGAAGUGGUUACAACGGAGUUAGCUACUUCGACACGGGAACCACUGCGGCACCCGGAAAUGCCGCCACCGGAAAUGGAUUGGACACCGGAUAUGGCAGCUAUUACGAUCACUACUCCAGCUACGAGCAACAAAUGGCUGUGGCUGCUGGUGGAUUCCCUUCAACCGGAGGAGGAUCCAGUGUUGCGGCUGUGGCCCCGCCCCCUGGACACCCACCGCCUCCGCCACCACCGCCCACGCUGACGUACCACCAUCACCACCACCACCACUUGCACCACUCGGCGGCGACCUCGGCACUCGCCCCCUCGGUCACCCAUUGA